UUAGGUCUCUCCUAAACAUGGCCACCAUGAUGGAGUAAAUGCUUCAACUUUAAAUUUCACAUUUUCAGAAGAAAACUUAAUUUUCUGUAUUCUAACAGGAAUGUUCCAACGGAAGAAAUUAUGUCAAACAUAAUCCAUAUGAAAUAUUUGAAGAAAGUUUAUUGUUGGAUUUAAUACUGGUUUAAGUUGGCUGGAAGCUGGAAAGGAAAAAAAAGAAUUGCAUCAAUUCCAAUGUCAUCAGAGUACAAGAGUCUGGAUCCCUCUGACCACGGACCGUCUCCUCCCCUGAGCAGCACUGGGGGGGGCUCCCCCUCAGACAGCCCCUCCCCUGCCUCCACAGACAGGCGCCCCCGUGGCCGGCCUCGUAAGGAUGCAGGCGCUCCCACCCGAGUACCCACACCUCAAAAGAAGGGUCGUAGCAGAGGCCAGUCCCAGGCUGAGGAUGAGGACAGCAUGGACGGGACGGAGACCACUGAAGCCCAGAACAUGCAGGAGAUGGAAGUUAAGGAGCUGGUCCUGGAUGUUGAGGAGGUCAUCGUACCCCUGUUGUCCAGCCCUGUGCCCAGCCCUAGGGACGACAGACCCCUUUCUCCACUAUUCCAGCGCUCUGUGUCGGAGGACUCAGCAGGAUCCUCUGCCUCGGCCUUGGAGCACGCCAAAAUCCGUGAAAAGCUGUGUGCCUUCUGCUACAGUGGGGAGAAGAGUUUCCUGGGCCAGGGCGACCUGAUGGUGUUCGGCCCCACGCCCGGCUACGUGCCGCUGCACAUCCGCAACCGCCGCGGAAGCUCGGAGAAAGACGACGACUACCACGAGGACGACUUCCAAGAUGACGACCACGACACCAAGAGCCCGGGGCAGCGCGACAGCGGGAGGGGGCUUAAAAAGGUCAGCUCUCCGGACAGUGGUCUACACUCCUCCUCGGCACCCGGCAGCACGGACCCAUUCAGCGAGGAGCCGGCCCCCAAGUUCUGGGACGAGCUUGGUCAGAUCGGCCUCCCCGACGACAUCAACGUCCAGUCCCUGUUUGACCCCACAGGCCAGUGCUGUGCCCACCUGCACUGUGCCGCCUGGUCCGAGGGGGUAUGUCGCGGCGAGGCCCAGGACUCGCUGCUCUAUGUGGACAAAGCCAUAGACUCUGGGAGCACAGAGUGCUGUGCAUAUUGUAAGCGCCUUGGGGCAUCCAUCAAGUGCUGUGAGGAGGGCUGCUGCCGCUCCUACCAUUUCCCCUGCGCUGCCGCCGCCGGAACAUUCCAGGACCUGCGCCGACACACCCUCCUCUGCCCCGACCACCUCCAGCUGGCCUCACAAACAUCUAAAGAGGAGGUGAAGUGCUUGUUGUGUGACAGUGCUGGGGACCUGCAGGACCAGCUCUUCUGUACCACGUGUGGGCAGCACUACCACGGGGCGUGUUUGGACGUGGGUGUUACCCCCCUGAAGAGGGCCGGCUGGCAGUGCCCCGAGUGCAAAGUCUGUUUGACCUGCAGGAACCCGGGAGAGGACAGCAAGAUGCUGGUGUGUGACAUGUGUGACAAAGGCUAUCACACCUUCUGUCUCCAGCCUGCCAUGGAAUCCAUCCCCACCAAUGGCUGGCGAUGCAAGAACUGUCGGGUGUGUUCUCAGUGCGGGGUCAGGCAGGCAGGCCACUGGGGCCACAACAUCACACUGUGUGAGAGUUGCCACACGCGACCGGAGGAGCCCGCCCCCGCUCUGUCGUGUCCGCUGUGUGGGAGGGGCCAGGGCCCCAGCGACGUCCCCAAGGAUGACCUCCUCAACUGCAAUACCUGCAAAAGGUGGCUUCAUGGGGAGUGUGAGAAGCAGGCAGGGGGCGACCUGGACCUUCACCCCCAGGCCGACUACGUCUGUACACAGAGGGACAUGGUGGAAACCCCGGCCAGCCCCAUCCAGGAACCCACAGAACCAGAACCAGAACCAACUAUGGAUGUCUUUAUGGCUGUGGUGGAGGUGGUGGUGCCGCUUUUGCAAGAGGCGUGCCCUAGCCCUCGGCUGGAGCAAGAGGCGUGCCCUAGCCCUCGGCUGGAGCAAGAGGCGUGCCCUGGCCCUCGGCUGGAGCAAGAGGCGUGCCCUGGCCCUCGGCUGGAGCAAGAGGCGUGCCCUGGCCCUCGGCUGGAGCAAGAGGCGUGCCCUGGCCCUCGGCUGGAGCAAGAGGCGUGCCCUGGCCCUCGGCUGGAGCAAGAGGCGUGCCCUGGCCCUCGGCUGGAGCAAGAGGCGUGCCCUGGCCCUCGGCUGGAGCAAGAGGCGUGCCCUGGCCCUCGGCUGGAGCAAGGGGCGUGCCCUGGCCCUCGGCUGGAGCAAGGGGCGUGCCCUGGCCCUCGGCUGGAGCAAGGGGCGUGCCCUGGCCCUCGGCUGGAGCAAGGGGCGUGCCCGGAGCAAGGGGCGUGCCCUGGCCCUCGGCUGGAGCAAGGGGCGUGCCCUCUAAAGGAAGGAGAGGCGUGCCCUCUAAAGGAGGGAGAGGCGUCCCCUAGCCCUCGGCUGGAGCAAGGGGUGUGCCCUGGCCCUCGGCUGGAGCAAGGGGUGUGCCCUGGCCCUCGGCUGGAGCAAGGGGAGUGCCCUGGCCCUCGGCUGGAGCAAGGGGCGUGCCCUCUAAAGGAGGGAGAGGCGUGCCCUAGCCCUCGGCGGGAGGAAGGAGCGUGCCCUAGCCCUCGGCGGGAGGAAGGAGCGUGCCCUAGCCCUCGGAGGGAGGAAGGAGCGUGCCCUAGCCCUCGGAUGGAGGAAGGAACGUGCCCUCUUGAGGGAGAGGCGUGCCCUAGCCCUCGGCGGGAGGAAGGAGCGUUCCCUAGCCCUCGGCGGGAGGAAGGAGCGUUCCCUAGCCCUCGGAGGGAGGAAGGAGCGUUCCCUAGCCCUCGGAGGGAGGAAGGAGCGUUCCCUAGCCCUCGGAGGGAGGAAGGGGCGUGCCCUAGCCCUCGGCGGGAGGAAGGGGCGUGCCCUAGCCCUCGGCGGGAGGAAGGGGCGUGCCCUAGCCCUCGGCGGGAGGAAGGGGCGUGCCCUAGCCCUCGGCGGGAGGAAGGGGCGUGCCCUAGCCCUCGGCGGGAGGAAGGGGCGUGCCCUAGCCCUCGGCGGGAGGAAGGGGCGUGCCCUAGCCCUCGGCGGGAGGAAGGGGCGUGCCCUAGCCCUCGGCGGGAGGAAGGGGCGUGCCCUAGCCCUCGGCGGGAGGAAGGGGCGUGCCCUAGCCCUCUAAAGGAGCAGGAGCCCAAAGAGUCUCUCUCAGGUGCUGAACCGGCGCAGGAGAUCCAGGUGACCGUUACCCUGACGGAGGGCCCGGAGUCUCCCCAGAGGUCUGGAACUCUAGUGGGCGUGUCACCGCUCGCCUCCCAGAGUCCCGCCGCACCCAGGGCCGACGACGACCAACAGGAACUGGAAAUAUCGGACUCGCCAGAAGGAGCAAAAAGGGCGGCGCAUGAGGAGGCGUUGCCCCACAAUGCAGAGGAGACCAAAUCGGAGGACUCCAAAACCACUUUUACUCCGCCCACCAAAGAAAUAUCCCAUGAGCCUUUGGAGGAGACUACCGAGGAGCCCCCUGUAGAGGAGAAGCCUAUGGAAGUAGCACCUGUGGAAAGGACACCUUCGGAUUUGGAACAGGCUGUUGAGGAGAAUGUUCUGGAACCUAUGCAGGAGGAGCAGGGUGCAGUUGCGGAAAAGGAGGUUGUGCAGAAGUUGCAGAAGGAGUUAGAGGAUGAGGGGGAUCAUUUGCCUCCAAUUGUUUUAGAUGAGGGGGAGGUGUUGCCUUCAAAUAUAUUGCCUGUUGAAGAGGAUACAAUCAGAGAAAAGGAGCUUAGUCCCAUGGCUGAACUUCCUGAACGGAAGAGCACGGUAGACAUGGAUACCACGGUAGAAAUGGAUACUACCCCUGCCAGCGACUGCAGCUUCUCGGACUUCGGCUCUCCGAGGGGAGAGAGCAGAGCCCCUAAGGCCUCCCCUGGAAUGUCUCCCGAACUCUCGUUUAGGCUGGCCCCGUCCCCCUUCUCUACAGAGGCCUCCCCUAGGAAAGCCAGCCCACCCCAGGUUCAGGUCCAAAUCCAGGCCCAGGCUUCAUCUCAGGUCCAGCCUUAUCCUGGAUACAGUGCUAGUGUGCCUCCCACCAACACAACCUUUAUUCCCCUCACCCCCAAGAUUGGAAUGGGGAAGCCUGCCAUCUCCAAGAGGAAGUUCUCCCCAGGGAAGCCAAGGGUGAAGCAGGGAGCAUGGAGUAACCGUAGGGCUGCGAGCCCCCCCUCUUGGUCCCAGCAGGACCCCUCGGAGGGGGGGUGGGAUGGCCCACAAACCAGGCAGCUGCAAGAGGCACCCGUCUGGAGCAUGAGAGUGGGUCGUGGUUCAACCUUCCCUGGAAGGCGGAGACCCCGGGGGGCCAACCUGUCUGGGCGCGGGGGCCGCGGACGCUCCCGAGGACUCAAGGCCUACACCAGCUUUGCCGUAACACCUGGGGCCAGUUUUGUGGAGCAGCCGUACCUGGUGGUGGAGGAGAACACAAUGCAUAACACUGUGGUCAUGUUCUCAACCUCGGACCACUUCACACUCAGACAGGACAUGUGUGUGGUGUGUGGGAGUUUUGGCCAGGGGGCCGAGGGCAGGUUGCUGGCCUGCUCUCAGUGUGGCCAGUGUUACCAUCCCUUCUGUGUCAACAUCAAGAUCACCCGGGUGGUGCUGAGUAAAGGCUGGCGCUGUCUGGAAUGCACAGUGUGCGAGGCGUGCGGCCAGGCCAGCGACCCGGGCCGCCUGCUGCUGUGUGACGACUGUGACAUCAGCUACCACACCUACUGCUUGGACCCGCCCCUACAGACAGUGCCCAAGGGCAGCUGGAAGUGCAAGUGGUGUGUCUCCUGUACCCAGUGCGGUGCCACCUCCCCUGGCCUGAGGUGUGACUGGCAGAACCACUACACCCUGUGUGGCCCCUGUGGCAGCCUGGCAUCCUGCCCGGUGUGCAUGCACAGCUACCGUGAGGACGAGCUCAUCGUGCAGUGCCGCCAGUGUGACAGGUGGGUCCACGCAUGUUGCCAGGGCCUGAACACGGAUGAGGAGGUGGAGAAUGCAGCGGAUGAUGGCUUUGACUGCACCAUGUGUCGAUUGCACGCUCUGCCUUCACAGGGCAAAAUGAAAGCCCUCCUCCUGUCUGAUGGCUGCGAGGCCCCGAUGGUGACCCAGAUGGUGACUAAAAUAAGAGAGCCAGCCAAUCAGAAGACAUACACCCAGGAUGGGGUGUGUCUGACAGAGUCGGGCAUGUGCCAGCUGCAGAGCCUGGUGGUGCCCUCUUCGUCGACCCGCCGAGGACAGAACAGGCGACCCAAACCCAAGCUCAAGCUGAAGAUCAUAAAUCAGAACAGUGUAGCUGUGCUCCAGACUCCACUGGACCCCCACUACUUAGAGCUGUCCCAGGACGGGUACAUGGACAACAAUCGAGGGGACCUCAUGAUGUACUGUGACGUUAAGUCUGAGUCCAGCCCGGAACGGGAGCCCGUCGACGACGACGCCAAGGGUGCCGAAGACACCGACGGCAACAAGAAGAGGAAGAGGAAACCGUACCGGCCCGGUAUUGGAGGGUUUAUGGUCCGCCAGAGAAGCAGGACGGGACAAGGCAUAGCCAAACGAUCCCUAUCCAGGAAAGACUCGACGUGGUCGUUACCUGAGAACCCAAUGUGCAAAGAGGAGGGGUGGAACGAGACAGAGAGUACUCCAGUGGAGGAGACCCCACCGGUGCCUGAAUGUCAGGAGAAAGUCAAGAAAAGAUACCGCAAAAAGAAAACCAAACUGGAAGAGGAGUUUCCUUCAUACCUGCAGGAGGCCUUCUUCGGGAAGGGGCUGCUGGACAAGAGCAAGCAGAGCAGGCAGGCAGGCCUGGUGACCACGGGGCUCUGUGAGGAGCUGCUGGACAAGUGCAAGCAGAGCAGUCAGGCAGGCCUGGUGACCACGGGGCUCUGUGAGGAGAGCCCAGGGGCCCAUGCAGAGACCAAACCCCCCAGCGCCAGCUUCCUGGACCCCUUGUCGGACCCGCUGCUCAGUGCUACCUCCACCACCACACCCAUCUACAGCAGAGCAGGACUGCGUAUGUUCACAUCUCUCUUGCUCCUUAUUAAAGAUGAAAAUGUUCUCUUUAUCUGUCACUUUCUCUCAUCCCCCCAUCAUCCUCCACCCUGUCUGUCUUUGGUUCUCUUCUCCACAUCUUCUCUCUUUUUCUUCCUCUCCGAAAUGGCUCGUGAGGGGGCUAGUGUCGAUUUAUUUUUGUUACAUAAAAGUGGACUGUGGGUGGGUGUGCCCGCGUGUGUGUGCGACCACCCUCCCCUCACCAUCCUCUUCUGCCAUCCGCUAGCUGGUCUGGACAUGGACCCCAUACCUGAUGAUCCCACUGGGCCCUGUCAGGGCUCGGCAGGCCAGGGGUCCAGGGCUCUACAGGAGGAGCCUCUGGACGUCAUCCUGAGUCCAGAACUGGACAAGAUGGUCGCAGAUGGUGCAAUUCUCAGUAAGCUCUACAAAAUCCCAGAGCUGGAGGGUAAAGACGUGGAGGACCUCUUCACAGCGGUCCUGAGUCCCAGCACCAGCCAGCCUCCACAGCUGCCUCACCCCCAACCGGCCCACCCUGGGCCCAAUGUACCUAGAGCCGUGGCCAUUCCAAACCCAGGCGACCAUGGGAUGUUUCCCCGCAUGCCAAUGAUAAACGGCAUGAUGGGGCCCAACCCCCACUUUCCUCCAACUCCCAUGAUGCCCGGCAGCACAGGCCAAUGUGGCCUGGGACACUUCUCGCCCAUUCACAGAAUGCCUUUCCCAGACAAGAUUAGGGACAAGAAGUUUAGCCAGAUGGGGGGUGAUGUGGUUGGUUCGUGGAGCGCCCCCAGCUCUGUCCCCGUCCCUGGCCCUGUUCCCCCUCCAGAGGGAGAGACAGACACCAUGUCCAACGCCCAGAGGAGCACGCUCAAGUGGGAGAAGGAGGAGACUCUGGGCGAGAUGGCCACCGUGGCCCCAGUCCUCUACACCAACGUCAACUUCCCCAACCUCCUAGAGGAGUUCCCAGACUGGGCUAUGAGAGUGAAACAAAUCGCAAAGUUAUGGAGGAAAGCCAGUUCCCAGGACAGGGCCCCAUAUGUGCAAAAAGCACGGGAUAACCGGGCGGCCCUGCGCAUAAACAAAGUUCAGAUGUCAAAUGAUACGCUGAAGAGACACCAGCAUCCUCAGCAGCAGCAGCCGCUGUUGACUGACACCUUUGACCCCAAUAGUGUCCCCUUGGACACUGAGCUGCUCUUCAAAGACUCUCUCAAGCCCAAGGAGUCUGAACACGAGCAGGAGUGGAAGUUCAGACAGCAAAUGAGACAAAAGAGCAAGCAGCAGGCGAAGAUUGAAGCCACUCAAAAGCUGGAGCAGGUUAAAAAUGAGCAGCUCCAGCAACAACAACAACAACAACAGCAGCUGUUUAGCAGUCAGGCAGGUGGAGAUACAACCCCUAAUAGUGGUAACCAGAGCCCCGUGACUCCUCAGCCCAGCAAUGGAGGAAAGUCUGGAAACUCGUCCCCACUGCAGCCAAUAGCGUCUAAGGAUGGCUUCGCUAGACCACAACUCCCGGGCACACCCACCUCUGGGUCACAGGAUGACGUGUUCCUCAGACCCCAGCUCCCACCUCCGUCCUCGAGGACGCCCACCCAGGAGACCUCGUACCCUCAGCAGGGACCAUCCUCCCAGCCCCAGUCACCACAUAUGUUUUCCCCGGAUUCCUCCUCAGGCUCCCGGCCGUCCUCGCCCUGGGACCCAUACGCCAAAAUGGUGGGCACCCCGAGACCGCCCCCUGGGGGUGGUGGAUCCACCACGCCCCGGCAGAACUCUCUGUCGGAGAUGCAGGAAAGGGGAGGGAGGCCUUCCCCGGCCCACGAGUCGUUUGUCUUGCCCAAGUCUGGUAAUGCUGACCCCUAUGCUAAGAUGCCAGACACCCCCAGGCCCCCCGACCCCUUUGUUAAACCCAUGGGACCCGCCAGGGUGGGCCCUUCAGGACUGGUUGAGCAGCAGCAACACCAGCAGGUCAGGCACAACAUGAUGAGCCCUCCUUCUGGAGGAGAGACUUUUUCCAGGAUGGGCGGACACCGAGCCGAGGUCUACCAGCGCAUGUCUCACAACCGCAUGAUCCUCUCGGACCCCUACUCCAGGCCCUUGCUCACUCCCAUCCCUGGCAGCAACGAGUCAGGCUCUGUCCCGGUGUUCAAAGCCCCCAUGCCUCCCCAGCAGUCCCAGCAAGAGCCCUACGGUGGCCCUAUGCCUGGGGGACUUAAACGAGGGCCAUCUGAUGGCUUUCCCCAAGGACUACAGGCCGACCCUUACGCCCAGCAGCCUCUCACCCCCCGGCCACCCAUGGGGGAAGGGUUCCCCAACGAGCCCAAGAUGAUGCGCCAAACCCAGGGGGGCCAUUUCUCUCAACCCAUGCCAAUGAUUAGACACCCUCACAGAAACCCGUAUGCACAAGUGCCAUCUACCCCGAGACCGGAUUAUUCACAGCAGAUGUCUGACCCUUUCGCCCAACCACCAGGCACCCCCAGACCUCACUCUGAUAGCUAUGCUCAACCUCCCGGCACCCCAAGGCCACACUCGGAUCCCUCAUACCUGCAGACGCCGCCUAGCCUUCGUCUAGACCAGUUCCCCCAGCAGCACCCACCCAAUCACAGACCGUCUCCAUCUCACUCCAUGGAUCCUUAUGCUUCCAUGCCAGGUACCCCCAGACCAGCCCCAGGGGAUAGGUUUCCCAAAUCCCCCGGUAGUCAAAGGAACAUGGACCCGUAUGCCCAACAACCCGGAACACCAAGACCGCUCCUCGCUGACCCUUACGCACAAGCUCCAGGGACACCGCGGCCAGAAGCAGGCCCUGAUGCCUUCAAUCGACUAUGCUCCAGACCGACACCCAUGUCCCAGCUCCCAGCUGACCCAUUCUCCCACCAGUCUCCGGGCAGGGUGCAGGACGGGUUUGCCUGUACAAGCGCCCAGGGAUCUCAGACAGCUAAGCACCCGGGAAUGUCGGACGAAAGUUUCUCUCUGCCGCAGUCGAAUCAUCACGGUGGUCAAACGCAGAUUCACGAUCCCUUUGAACUGGGUCCAAUGACACCUUAUGCCCAAACUUCGGAAAGGCAGGCCCAUGAUAUCCCUCAGUCUAGCAGCAACACCGUUGACACUCAGAACAGCAUGCUACCACACCUGGGAGACACUGAGGAGAAGCUCAGACAGCGCCAGAGACUGCGCCAGCAGAUCCUUAGGCAGCAGCAACAGAAGUCUGCCAUCCGGCAAGAGAAAGGACUACUACAGGAAACUGUUGCAGCCCCCAGCCCGGGGACGCCCCGCCACUGGUCACAUGAAGAUCCCGCCCCACAGAAUGACAUGUUCGGCAGACCACCACCACCUUACCCAGGACCCAUGAGAGGAGGUCAGAGGUUCCCUGGUACCUUUCUAGGGGACCAGCGAGAACACUUCCCCAAUGAGGGCCAGUAUGCCAGACCCCACUUCCCCAGGGACAUGGGCAACAUGGGCAUGAGGCCACAAGAAAUGAGGUUUGGAUUCCCUCCCAGCGCUCAAGGAUCCCUUCAACCAGGCCAGGAGCAACACUUCCUCAGGCCCCUUAACCAGAUGCCCGGCGGGCCCAUGGUCGACAAUGUUCCACCCCAGAUGAGAAUGUCCCACUCGGUGGACUUUUCCAGGGGGGUCAUGGGGGGCAACACCCAGAUGGGGCUCCCCCAGCCCUUCCCCCCACAGGGCCUUCCUGUCCAGCAGCACAACAUCAUGGGUCAGCCGUUCAUCGAGCUCCGUCACAGGGCCCCUCAGAACAGGAUGAGGAUGCCCUUUGGGCAUGGACCUCCCAAUGUCAUGGACCCCUCCAACCAGCCCCAGGGCUUCAUGGAAGGCCAGGAGAUGGGCUUCGCUGGGAACCAGUUAUCCAGAAUGAUGGACCCCAUGAUGGACAGACCUUCCCAGGGAUCGGUCGUUCACACACACAUGUCGGCUAGUAUGGAGAACCUGCACCAGCAGCAGACUGAAGUCCCGAUGACCAUGGGGCAGCGACAGCAUCCUUCACUGAAUAGGUCACUCAGCCACCCUGUCACUGGUGAGCCACUCAAUGCAGCGCCAUCUAGUAUGCUCUUGCCUGGGUCUAGCACCGGUCAAACGGAGGAGACUCAGAUACCCAGUGGAGACGGAAUUGAGGAAAACUUGGACGCUGAAGACUCCGCAGUAAAGGACCUUGAAGAUGUGGAGGUCAAAGACCUGGUCGAUCUGAACCUGAACCUGGACCCGGAUGAUGGCAAAGACCUUGAACUGGGACCCAAUGACCUGCACCUCGACGACUUCCUCAUGUCAGGGAAGUUUGACCUCAUCGCCUACACGGACCCUGAGCUCAACCUGGAUGACAAGAAAGACAUGUUCAGUGAAGAAGAUCUGGACCUGGGCGACCCUAUGGAGGACCACCAACAGGGUGAGACCUCAGACCUCCAGAAAGCCUUGUCGGAGAAGAGGAAAGGCAGCGUGGAUGGCGCAGCCACCUCGUCCCGAUCCGGGGGGAAAUCUGACAAACCGGAGGCCAAUGAAGCGAAAGAGACCUUGGACAUGUUUAAAACCGAGGAUACAAUCAAAACGGAGGUCAAAGAUGAACACGUGCAAAACCAGGACCAGUCUCUCUGCAGUGGCCCGAUGAAUGACAACAGAACCAUGACAAACCAAGAGGGUGCAGGGCUGUAUGAGCAGCCUGACUCCGGCUCAACUCCGGUCCUCUCCUGCCUUCUGAUCAAAGAAAAACUGGAAAACACUGGGUUUGGCCCAAACUGCUCUCCUCACCAAGGGGACAUGGCUGCCCAGGCCACCGGGCUACACCCAAGCACCGGCAUGCUGAUGCUACCUAGGCAACACGCCCAAGACAACAACAGGCUCAAUCCCAGCGUGGCUAUGGGACAUCGGGUGAGCCCCACGUUGGUUCAGAGUAGACUUUCAAUGGGAAACCUCAUCUCAGGGGGCAACCACAGCUUCGGGGCCUCAGCCAACCAACAGGUGGAGCUCAACCUAGCCAUGGUUGGAGCCGGUCAGCAGCCCACUGCCCACGGCCUGAACCCCCAGGGCCAGCAGGGCAUGUUCCCCCAACAGCAGGGCCCCUCGCUGGGGCAGGCCGGCCCACAGAACAGGCCUCUGCUGCUGGAAGAGCAACCCCUCCUCCUACAGGACCUGCUGGACCAGGAGAGGCAGGAGCAGCAGCAACAGAGGCAAAUGCAGGCCAUGAUCCGACAGCGCUCCAGCGACUCCUUCUUCCCCAAUAUGGACUUUGAUGCCAUCACGGACCCGAUCAUGAAGGCCAAGAUGGUAGCUCUGAAGGGAAUCAAUAAAGUCAUGGCUCAAAACAGCAUGGGAAUGCCCCCAAUAGUCAUUAACAGAAUUCAGCAGACGCCAGGAGCACAUGGACCAGAUGCUGCCGCCACUCUGCCUCAACAUGUGCUUGGACAGGACGGGAAGUUGGCUCCACAGAUGGCGAGACCAAACCCCCCAAAUUUUGGACCUGGAUUUGUCAACGACAGCCAGAGGAAGCAGUAUGAGGAGUGGCUCCAGGAGACCCAGCAGCUGCUCCAGAUGCAGCAGAAGUUUCUAGAAGAUCAGAUUGGGGCCCACAGGAAGUCCAAGAAGGCCCUGUCGGCCAAACAGCGGACCGCCAAGAAGGCGGGCCGGGAGUUCCCUGAGGAGGACGUCGAGCAGCUGAAGCAUGUGACCGAGCAGCAGAGUGUGGUGCAGAAGCAGUUGGAGCAGAUUCGGAAACAGCAGAAAGACCAUGCAGAGCUGAUAGAGGAGUACCGUGUCAAGCAGCAGCAGCAACGGCCAAGUCUCCAGGCUCCUAUGAUGCCAGGGAUGCCACCCAUGCCUGUGAUGCCUACUCAAGCUGCCCCUAUGAUGCCCGGAGCGCCCCCUAUGGGCCAGCCCAUGAUGGGGCCCAUGAUGCCAAUGCAGCCCCACCCCAGCCAACAUAACCCUGCCCGCAUUCCCAACAUGCCAGGCUGGCACCCAGGGGGAGCCCAAGGACUGAUGGGAGGCCCAGGUCCAAGAAUUCCAGCUCACAUGCCCCCACAGAUGCCCCAUGCCAGCCCUGCCCAGUUGCCACCGCCCCAGUUACCACCCCAAGCCCAACUACCACCACAGCCCCCACCCUCAAUGGUGCCUGGCGCAAAAGCUACACCAACGGGAAACGGAACAGGUGCCCAGGGAGCCAGCGGAGCUAACGGUGGAAGUGGUGGCAACAGCCUCGCUGUGAAAUUUGACGACAACAACCCAUUCAGUGAGGGCUUCCAGGAGCGCGAGAGGCGGGACCGCCUGAGGGAGCAGCAGGAGAGACAGCGGGUCCAGCUUAUGCAGGAGGUGGAGAGGCACCGGGCCAUGCAGCAGCGGCUGGAGAUGGAGCAGCAAGGCCUGGGUCUGGGGCCUACUGGGCUCCCAUCCGGCUCUGGAGCUACAAACCCCGGAGGGGACAGCCUGGCCCACAUGCCAUUCUACAGUACUGAUCUGCCCCAAGACUUCAUGCAACCCUCUAGGCCUCAACAACAGCAGGGGCAGCUAGGGCCCAUGUUCCCCGAGCAGAGCAACAUGCAGCCAAGCUUCACCACCACUGGCGGGCCACUCCCAGGUCAGGGCUUCAUGCCGGAUGGUGAGCGCAGGUCCAUGCCUGGGAACAGGGCAUUUGGUAGUCCCGAGAUGGGUCCCAAUUUCCAGUCCAAAAUCCCCAUGCUACAGGGGCUUAACUACCCUCCUGGACAGCCCCGUCCCGCUGGGUUCAGAGGCCGUGGGAUGAUGCCUCAGGUUGGGGGCGAGGGACAUGGACCCCCGUUCGGAAUGGACUCAUCCACCCCCCUACCUCCCAACUACCCCGGCUCAGGCCAGUCCUUGAUCCAGCUCUACUCCAACAUCAUCCCAGAGGAGAAGGCCAAGAAGAAGAGGAACAGGAAGAAGAAGAGAGACUCUGUCGACGACGCAGACUCAGUCAAGACCCCAUCCACUCCCCACUCAGACCUCUGCGCCCCACUGACUCCCUCCCACGUGUCUGACACCUCAUCCACCCCCACCCGGAGCCUCAGCAUUCCUGGAGAGCAGGAUCUGUCUGAUCUUUUCCUCCCUGUGGGGUCCUCGGGUUUGGCCCCCUCCUCAGAACUGGAGAGGCAGCUCUCGGGCAGCAGCUUAGCCCAGGGUGGGCUCUCCAACAUGGGCUCGGAGAAUGACCGGGCCUCCCUGUUUGACGAAACCCUCCAAAUCAAGCUGGAGAGGAUAGAGACUGAGUGCAGAGGGGCCGUGGCAGCCAACGAAGGGUCUGCCUUGCGGCACGGUCCCCGAGCCGGGGGGAUAGUGAAGGAGGAGGAGGGAGGCGAGGGGGGACUCUCUUCGCCACUCCAUGGCACCAAAGGGGGUGACGCAGGGAAUGAGCUGCUUAAGCACCUGCUGAAGAACAAGAGUACGCCCCCGCCAGGUGCCAGUGCCAACCAGACCCCUCCCACACAGCAGAUGUCCUGCAACAGCCUUAGCUCAGAGCAGGAGGCCUCGGCAGACCUCAAAGCCACCGCCAGGCCGGCCUCCACCACCAACAACAUGACUCCCCCACACAGUCAGCUGACAGGAAGCACAGAGCUUCUAGAACCCUCGGUUCCGGCACAGGGCAAAAGGAAGCAGCAACGCAACAAACGGACGCCCAAAAACGGGGCAGAGAAACCGCCGUCACGCUACAAGAGGAGGAAGAAGGAGGAAGAGGAGAGGCAGAUCGGUUAUUCCAGUACUGACAGUCUGACCCAGCUCAAACGGCAGCUCUCUCUGCUGCCUCUGAUGGAGCCCCUAAUGGGGGUCAACUUUGCCCACUUCCCACCGUUCGGCAGCGGGCAGGUCAACGGGGAGAACAGGCUGUCGGGCUCCUUCGGCAGCGCCUCUCUGGACGGCGUGUCAGACUACUAUUCACAGCUCAUCUACAAGCAGAACAACUUGAGCAACCCACCUACCCCUCCUGCAUCACUCCCACCCACGCCGCCUCCCAUGGCGAGGCAGAAGAUGGUCAACGGGUUCGUCACGGCCGAGGACCUCGUCAGGAAAGCUGCUGUCUUGGGCGGCCAUGAUGUGAUCAAAGGACUGGGAGCCAAGCAGCUGCCUACAGCGUUCCGGACAGAGGAAGACCUCAUGGCCCAUGACAUCACCCAGGGGCCCAAGACAGUGGACGUUCCCGCCUCGCUCCCCACACCACCCCAUAACAACCAGGAGGAACUCAGGGGCCAGGACCACUGUGUAGACAGGGACACACCCGACGGCUUUGUCCCCUCCUCAUCCCCCGAGAGCGUAGUCGGCAUGGAGAUCAGCCGCUACCCCGACCUGUCAAAGGUCAAGGAGGAGCCCACCUCGCCUUGCUCCUCUCCCGUCAUACCCAUGCUGCCUAGCGCCAGCGGGAAAGGAACUGAGAUAAAGCAAGAGGUCAAAACUGAACCCUCAAGCUCCUUCUUCGGGUCCCAGUUUGGACAGCCUCCAUCCUGCGCCAAAGCUGGCCUGGUAUCCAUAGAAAUCACCUUGAAUCCGGUCUCAGCGGAGAACAUCCCUGGCGUUGUGGCUGCAGUGGCCGAUCUACUGUGUGUGACCAUCCCCGGCAGCUACGAGGUGAGCCGCAGCCCAGAGCGCAGCUCCCUGGCCUUACUGGCUGGACUCAAGGUGCCUCAGACCCAGGGAAUGGACCCCCUUCACAUAUCCAUGUUUCCCCAGCACCAGCAGCCCCCCACCAUGAGGUCCCUGAGACCCCCCGGAUCACCCAACCAUCCCAGAAUUAGCCAGCCGUUUCAGCCCAUUGGCCCACCCACCAGCGCAGGUUCAGCUGCCAGGGGGGAGGGGCCUAAACCCCAGUGGUGCUGCCACUGCAAGGUGGUGGUUCUGGGAAACGGAGUGCGCAAGUCCACCAAAGACCUAGCCUGCAGCAAACGGGAGAGACCGAGCCAGGUCUUCUGCAGCCGCAACUGUUUUGUCCUCCACACCACAGCCACACAGUGCAAAGCCACAGACAGUAAGCCAAACAUGUCUCCUCUCUUGCCUGAGUCGUCGGUCAAAGAGAGCCCGUCUAAGGUGCUCCACCAGUAUAGCAACAACAUGUCCACACUGGACGUCCGCUGCCUGGCAAAGCUGCAGCCCAAACAGUCUGCCCCCUCCAGCCCCCCUCCCAUCUCCUUCCCCACAGAGAAACCUAAGCCGGACACCCUCAAGAUGACGGUCAAGCUCAAGCCAAGGCCCCGAGCAGUCCACUCUGCCAGCGGGGGUGGUGAUGACAUGUCGCCCCGCCACCACAAGCGCUGGAAGGGCCUGCGCUGGCGCAAGUGGAGUGUACACGUCAUGUUUCCCACUAGAGGCAGCCUGCUGUCCUCUCUGCCCGGUGAGGAUGAGGUGGAUGAGCUGCUGAGGAAGCUGGGUGCCUCUCUGCGUCCCGAUCCCCUCCCCCGGGACCUGCGGCGUUGCUGCUUUUGCCACGAGGAGGGCGAUGGCAUGACAGACGGGCCCGCACGCCUCCUCAACCUGGACCUGGACCUGUGGGUACACCUGAAUUGCGCCCUGUGGUCAUCUGAGGUGUAUGAGACGCAGGCAGGUGCCCUGAUCAACGUGGAGCUGGCACUGCGGAGGGGCAUGGCGGUGCACUGCACCUACUGCCAGCAGACAGGCGCCACCAGUGGCUGCCACCGGCUGCGCUGCGGCAACGCCUACCACUUCACAUGCGCGCUCAAGGCCCAGUGCACCUUCUUCAAGGACAAGACAAUGCUGUGUCACCUGCACCGGCCCCGUGGCAUCGGCAGUGGCGAUGGGAGAGGAGGCGACAGGGCCGUGGCGCCCGCCACUACCCACCACGACCAGGAGCUGCGAUGCUUCACAGUGUUCCGCCGCGUCUACGUGCAGCGCGACGAGGCGCGGCAGAUGGCCAGCAUCGUGCAGCGUGGCGAGCGCCGGCACACGUUCCGCGUGGGAAGCCUGGUGUUCCACACCGUGGGUCAGCUGCUGCCCCAGCAGAUGGCUGCCUUCCACUCAGCGAACGCCAUCUUCCCCGUGGGCUACCGGGCCAGCCGCAUCUACUGGAGCACACGCCAAGGCAACCACCGAUGCCGCUACCUGUGCUCGGUGGAGGAGAACGAGGGCCAGCCGGAGUUUGUGGUGCGGGUGAUAGAGCAAGGCUACGAUGACCUGGUGCUCACCGGCGCCUCACCCAAAGGUGUAUGGGACAAGAUUCUAGAGCCUGUGGCUGACCGGCGUAACGAAUCAGGAACUCUGAAACUGUUCCCCGUCUACUUGAAGGGAGAGGACCUGUUUGGAUUCACCGUCACCGCCGUCACCAGGAUCGUAGAAUCGCUCCCCGGAGUGGAAGCCUGUGACAGAUAUACUUUCCGGUUCGGACGCAACCCUCUCAUGGAGCUCCCCUUGGCCAUAAACCCAACUGGCAGUGCCCGCUCAGAACCCAAGGCCUGCAGCCAUGUCAAGAGGUUGGUGUUAAGACCUCACACUUUGUCCAGCACCGGUAUCGUCUCCUCUAAGUCCAUGCAGACGGUUGGCAGCGUGGGUGUGGUGGAAGCACCGGAAGAGGUGAUCCCCAAGCAGUUUGCAUCCGUCCCCUUCCAGUACCGACGCAUGAAAGCUGAGUGGAAGAGCAACGUGUACCUGGCGCGCUCCCGCAUUCAGGGGUUGGGUCUGUACGCCGCCAGGGACAUUGAGUCCCACACCAUGGUGAUUGAGUACAUUGGUACCCUCAUUCGCAACGAGGUCGCCAACCGGAUGGAGAAGAUGUACGAAUCCCAGAACCGUGGAGUCUACAUGUUCCGUCUGGACAGUGAGCAUGUUGUCGAUGCCACCAUCACUGGCGGACCAGCAAGAUACAUCAACCACUCCUGCGCCCCCAACUGCAUCGCCGAGACCGUGAGCUUGGAGAGAGGCGACAAGAUCGUCAUCAGCUCUUGCCGCAAUAUCCAGAGAGGAGAAGAGCUGUGCUACGACUACAAAUUUGACCUGGAGGACGACCAGCAUAAGAUCCCGUGUCACUGUGGUGCGGUUAAUUGCCGGAAAUGGAUGAACUAGAACAGAGACAAUUGGGGCAAAAUACAGGCUACAACACUUCCAAAUGAUGGCGCACAUUCCUUAUCUUUUUAUAUGCUUGUUGGUUCAUCAGCUGAAAAACAUUGUAUUACUUAAACAAAGACAACUUAUCAGGGCAAGACACUGACCGCAGAACUGUUAGAGAAGACUAAAGAGGAAAGGGGCAUCGCAGGCACGAAGACAAUUCUUUUUGAGGCUGAGAACCGAGUCUUUCACUUAUAUAAAUGGAUUAAGGGGAGGGUGUUUUGGGGUAGAAUUCACCAGUUGACCAGGAGAGUUUUGUGCUGGCCACCGCCUUAUUUAGUUAUUGAGGCAGGUCCUCUGGAUUAUGAAAUAUAUACAAAUAUAUAUAUAUACAUAUAGUUACAGAAAUGUAGACACCACUGAACAAGGAAUGUACAGAGAAGACUUCCUUAGGGACAAAGCUAAGGGAUUAUUAACUUGCACUAAAACAAAUUUAGUCGAACAUACUUGAUUCCAUGAGUCAGUUUUUUUCCUUUUAUGUAAAAUACGAGAAUUUUUGUAUUUAUUAUCGAAUCGCCGGCAAACUGCUGCCCAGGUUUUCAGUCUGAUCAGAACGUGUUACUUUAUACAAAGUGUAAAUAGUCAAUUAAGUAAACAAUUGACCAAAUGCUACCAUGGCUGUUUGGGUGAAUUACAUUUUUUUUUGACAAAAGUAUUUAAGAAGGAUGUCAUAUCAUUCUAAGAGUUUAUGUGCUGUAUAAAACUGUACAGAAUGUGUAAAAAAAAAAAAAAUCUAGAGUAUUUUUGUUGUAUUUAGAAUUAAGUUGCGUUGUCAAAUUCUGACCACUUGAAGAAUAUGCUUUGCGUUUAAUUUUCCUUAGAACAAUUUCUGUUUGCAUUGACACGCGCAAUCAAAGAAUUGCAGAGAGCACCAAUCACAUCGAGACGACUGAAAUCCUAACCCUAGUUAAUCUGACGUGAAUGUAGAAUUAGAGAGAACUGUGAAUUUAAGGUUGAAAGCCACCCAUACCAUCAGUUUGCUUCUUUAACUGUAUGUGUACAGCAGUCACUCUGAGAUUCACCUCAUGCAGAUAAUGCUGUGCUUGGGGGGGAAAAAAUAUUUUUUCUUACCAGUUGCAGGAGACUCAAUUAUGCUUUUCACAUAAAAUUAUUUCUGUUUUUUGUUUACAUUUCUUAAACAUUCUGUUUAGUGCUGGCUAGUUGAGAAAAAAAAUAUGCUACUGUAUGAUGUUUUUGAUUUCUUUACACUCAAUCACGAAAAUUGGAAUCUGGUACUAGCAUUUCAUUGACCAGUUUGAAAUGAAGUUUUCAUUUGUGUGCACAAAAGUUGGUAUAUUCAGUCUCGUUGUAAUAAACAGUACAUGGCAUGAUGUCUUUUUAAACUUUCAGAAGAAUCAAUUGUAUAUAAUUUUCCAUAAUGGUUAAUGAAAUUUGUUUCUCGGAUAUUUUCUCCUCUUGUACAAUAUUCAGACCUCUUUAAUAGUGUCUCUUUUCUUUGCCUGUAUAGUAAUGUCUAAAAAGCCUUUUUGAAGUAUACAGCGUGUGAUGGGGUUUGGAGUUUGGAAUCAGAUUUAGGAUCAUUUACAAAAAAUAAAAUAUUUUACAUCUUAAA